AUGUUUAAUCGCUGCUUGCUCUUCAUGCAGUUCUUCGGCUUCCUUGCUGUACCCCCCCUUUGCGGCGUCACAUGGCUUGGAACUGCUUCGUCUGACUUGGCUCCCUUGGCGGUCGAGCACGUGGACGUCAUCGAGUGCUUGCCCAAGAACUGCGCUAUCGCUACCAUACGCGAUGACCUCGGUGUGUCCCACUUCAAGCUACAGCAUGCCAGUCACCCCAAAGCCCCGUCCUAUGAUCAGCCAAUCAUCGACAACUCUCGGUCUGUGACGUCAGCAGCCGACGGUAUAAAUGUCCAGCGCGUGGAUCGACUCUUCAGUGGGCUAGGCUGCAGCGGCACGGGCACGAUGUUUAAUCGCUGCUUGCUCUUCAUGCAGGUAUGUUACUAUUCCGAUACCGAGUGUAUCCGAUCUGAUGAUCGCUUUCUGCUGCUGCUCCCUUGCCCACAAUGUCUUGUAUCCUGCUGUUCGCAUGCAUUGUAUUGCGCAAGUUGUCUCCUCUUAAGCGGUGAUGUGGAAAUCAACCCUGGCCCGGGCCCUCGGUCUAAGUGUAGGCGUGCAUCCGGUUCUGCUCCCGAUGAGAAUGACGAUGCUCGCCCUUCCUUUGAUAGCCGCGAUAAAAACGAUCCUUCGGUAUCCGAUAUGUUCUCUAAAUUAUUGGAGGGGCAGACUCAGUUGGCACGAGAUGUUGCGGAAAUUAAGUCAUUUCAGCAGUCAGUCGCGCGUCGCUUUGAUGCUUUAGAGUCACGUGUUCAUGCACUAGAAUCCAUUCCUAUGUCCAAAGACUCUAGUUUACUGCGUGAUUUACGUGCUGAAAUAAAUGCCUUGACUACUAAGGUAACGGACUUGGUCUUAAAAAAUGAUAGCCUUGAAAACCAUUCUCGUAGAAACAAUCUGAUAAUACACGGUAUUUCUGAAGUAAUGGAUGAAAACGCUACCACCCUGAUGACUACAGUUUCAUCUGUGUUUACUCAGCACCUGCAUACUAGCUGCCCUCGUAUUGAGCGCUGCCACAGGCUCGGUAGAGCACGCACUGGUUACAUUCGUCCCGUCAUUCUUAAACUUUCUAACUUCAGCGACAAAACCGAGGUUCUUAGGAACGUUUCAAAACUCAAGGGCUCAAACUUCGUGAUUAAAGAAGACUUCUCUUCUAGGGUUCGGUCAAUUCGGAAAAAAAUCUGGGAUGCAUCAGCCUCUUUUCGGGACAGCGGUUCGGUUGUGAAGUUGAGAUACGAUCAUGCUUUCAUUAACAGGGUUCGUUAUAACUGGGAUGACAGUUCAAACUCAUUAGUAAUGGCACCCGCUCAACGUGUUUCUUCUGAGUCUGUCCAUUUGACUUCUGUGCCAUCCACUUCUUGAAUUCAUCCUGGUCGUUUUGAGAACCUUGUUGUCUUGAAUAUAAACGCUCGUAGUAUUGUUAAAAAAUUUCCUGAUUUAUUGUCCCUUAUAUCAAUUCAUUCCCCCCAUGUUAUCGGCAUCACAGAGACUUGGCUGCACAAUGGUAUCUAUGAAUCUGAGUUCACUCCACCCGGUUUUGUUGCCGUGCGCUUAGACAGAGUUAGCGGUACUGGUGGUGGCGUGGCACUGCUUAUCCGGUCGGAUAUACGAUUCUCAGUCUUGCCUUCUCCUCCAGAAACAGAAUCCGUGUGGUGUAAAAUUUACCUUCAUAAUCGGUGUAUUGUGAUUACUGUUAUAUAUCGUCCCCCCGGCUCUACUCUUGAUGUUCUUCAUGCUGUUUCAAACUUCAUGAGCGAGAUCAACAUUGCGUCGUCGAGUUUUAUCUGUAUGGGCGACUUCAACGCC